GUGUUCAGAUCUGAGCGAUUAUUUACCAAAAAUACAGGUCUCGUCAAAGUGAGAGAGAGAGAGAGAGAGAGAGAGAGAGAGAUGUCGAGAACCUUCCUCCCUUUGAUACCUUUGAAAGGUAGGGAGGAGGUAGGUGAAAACCACCAAGUCAUAGUGGUGGAAAAGGUGGAGAUUCUUUUGUCUUGUUAAAGCAUUCAGCACAAUCACUCAAUCCUUUCUUUCUUUUUAUGAUCACUUUCUAGUUUCCACAUUCCAGACCUGCCUCUGCCCUCGAAGUUCAAUAAGUAGAGCUCCCAUUCCUGAUCCCUAUAUCACCACACAAAUUCAGUCAUUUUACAGUUUCCUCCCCACUCAAUCCUGAUUUCUUCAAGGCCCCAAUGGCAGGAUCUUCCUUCCUCCUUCUCUCCAUCACCCUCACCUUCACCAUUCUUCUCUCCCAAACCCCCCCAGUCGUCUCCAGCUUUGUUGAAACCCUGAAUCGGAGGUCACUAGGACUUAAGAAAGAGAAACUAAGCCACUUCCGCUUCUACUGGCACGAUAUCCUCAGUGGCCACAACCCCACCGCCGUAAGAAUCGCCAGAGCUCCGUUGAACUCAUCGGCGACGGGGUUUGGUCUCAUGUACAUGAUCGAUGAUCCAUUGACGGAAGGGCCAGAGAUGAGAUCGAAGCUCCUCGGGAGAGCUCAAGGGUUCUAUGCUUCUGCUUCGCAGCAAGAGGUUGGAUUGUUGAUGGCGAUGAACUUUGCUUUCAUGGAAGGGAAGUACAAUGGGAGCACUAUCACUAUACUGGGGAGGAAUGCAGUUUUAUCGGCGGUGAGGGAGAUGCCGGUGAUCGGAGGUAGUGGGCUUUUCCGGUUUGCUAGAGGGUAUGCUCAGGUCAAGACUCAUAACUUUAACUUUACCACUGGUGAUGCCGUUGUUGAGUACAAUGUUUAUGUCAUGCAUUAUUGAUGUUCCCUUCCUUUACUUACUUUCAUGGCUAAUAAUACCCGACCAUCAUCAACUCCCACCAACCAAAUGAAUGAAUGACAGAGAGAGAGAGAGAGAGAGAGAGAGAGAGAGAGAGAGAUUUUGUUUUUCUUCCUUUUUCCUUUAUUGUCUUUAUCUGAUUUGAAGGAUAUUGCGGUUCAGAAUUACUUGUCUUGUAGUAAAUGGGAUUUCUUAAUCCAUCUUGACCUGCCAUCUUUUUCGUUUU